AUGGCUUCCCGUAAGAAGGUUCUUUUAAAGGUUAUUAUUCUAGGUGAUAGUGGUGUUGGUAAAACAUCGUUAAUGAAUCAAUAUGUUAAUAAAAAGUUCAGUAACCAAUAUAAAGCCACUAUUGGUGCCGAUUUUUUGACCAAAGAAGUCAUGGUAGAUGAUCGUCUUGUGACAAUGCAGAUUUGGGAUACGGCUGGUCAAGAACGGUUUCAAUCUUUAGGUGUUGCUUUUUAUCGUGGAGCUGAUUGUUGCGUUCUGGUCUAUGAUGUAAACAAUGCCAAAAGUUUUGAGACAUUGGAUAGCUGGAGAGAUGAAUUUCUAAUUCAAGCAUCUCCACGAGACCCCGAAAAUUUUCCAUUCGUUGUCUUGGGUAAUAAGAUCGAUAUGGAAGAAUCGAAAAGAAUGGUAUCUCAAAAACGUGCCAUGACUUGGUGUCAAUCCAAAGGCAAUAUUCCAUAUUUUGAAACCAGUGCGAAAGAAGCGAUUAAUGUUGAACAGGCAUUCCAAACUAUCGCAAAAAAUGCUUUACAGCAAGAAACUGAUCAAGAUUUUUACAAUGAUUUACCAGACCCAAUCAAAAUCGAUAGCGAAACAGCUAGAUACGAAGGAUGUGGAUGCGAGUGUCCAUAUAAAAAUGAAGAACACAAUAUAGGUCAAUUUAAAAAAAAUAAAGCCUUUGAGAUGUAUAAAGAAAUGAAUGAACAUUUUGCUCAAGGAAAUUUGGAAGCAAUUAAAAGUCUCGUAACUACUCCAAUGUAUAAUUCUAGGAAGAAUAACACAAAGACUUAUUAUACCAUCGAAGAGGUGAAACCAUUAAAGAAGUAUGAAUUUGUCCAGAUAAGUCAAUAUGAACAAUUUUCCUCUGCACAAGUGAUGUUGAAAUUCCAUACAAAAGAAAAACUUAUAAGAUUCGAUAAGUAUGGCAAACAGAUAGGAAAUAUAAAUUCAUGCGAGUUCAUUCGGUAUGUCGUGUUCCGGCGCGACUUUACGAAAAGAACAGGAUGGAAAAUUUCUGGUUAUUACAAACCAGGAUUAACAGAGUCACCACCAGAUUUAUUAGAUCAAUUACUUCAGAAAAUGAAAUAUAAUAUAUGGUUCACUUCAUUUACUUCACUAAGUCCAAUAAUUAUAUUAGGAAGUCUUCCUCCGUUCUUAGCUUUUAGAUUAGCGAGAGCAGCAGCUCGCUUUUUUAAUUUUGCCAUACGUUUGCUAUUUUCAAUUUCACUUGACAUUAUUUCAAUAUUAUUCGGAGCGGUCAACACCCCAACAAUCAAUUCAGAGAACCAUCCCGCUGUACCUCCAACACAAAUUCCAAGAGCCAAUGCCACAGAGCAAAAUAUAAAUAGCGGGGAAAAGAAAUAA